CGCGAUUUUACAGAACGGAUUAUGCGAAUAGCAAGAACAUCGCGAAAAGAUUUUCUUUAAGACCGCUCGCACACAAGAAGAAACUGGACAUUCAAAAUUAACGAAAACCCCUUUUUGGGAAAGAUUUUCUUGGAUAGGGAGCUAAAUAAGAAAUGCAACCGAUAACCAAGGGAAAAAGUGGCAUUCAAAAGCCGCUGUGCAGACUGUGCGACUGUCCGACGUCGGACGGCUACGUCCUCGCGUCGCAGGUGGACAGGUUCAAGCUGCGGAGAUGGGCCAUGAAGGUCUUGGACAUGCCAGCAACAGAUGGAAAUUUGCCAAUGUUGAUCGGAGAAGACCAUUUGAUCUGCUAUUUUUGCCUCUGGAAGGCAGAAUUUGCGGAUGAGUCUGGAGAUGAGUCUGUUGCUUGGUGGCCGAAAAAUCUUGAUUUGGAAGAAAACACUCAGAUUCUUAAGGAGAAUUAUGCAGCUGGAGAUGUAGAACAGUGUUGGGUGCAGUUGGAAGAGAUUGAUCUGGAGGAAUACACAAAUAAGGAAUCCCCUGAGAAGAGAGAAUUCGACAUUGAUCAGGCUAAAUACGUAAAGAAAAUCACUAACAAAAGGAAUAACAAUGGAGAGUGUAUUUACUGCGGCAAGAAAUACAACGAACUGAAUAAGCACGUCAAAUAUAUGCACAAAGAUGCCAUCAGAUGCGGAAUUCGGGGCUGCGGGACUUACUUUUACUCCGAGGAGGAUAAAAAGCAGCACAUGCAGCAGGUUUCACACAAGAAACGAAACAAACCACGGGAGAAAAUUCCUUGCAAAUUUUGUAAAAACAUCACACUUUUUUCCACAUUGAAACUGUGGAGGCGGCACAUGAUACACGACCAUCCGGAAUUUCCGGUGCGGUGCUCGCGUGUAGGCUGCAGAGAAUAUUUCAAAUCCAAGUCUGAAAUGAUUCUCCACUUCAACUCAUCUUUCAAACGAACCAUAAAUCAAGAGUAUUGCGAGUAUUACACAUCAGUUGAUUCUCAUUUGAGAAAAAACGAAGAGGCGAGGCUCAGUCAAAAGAUCUUCAAAUGCGACAGUUGCGACGCCGAAUUCGGCUCAAAAUUGAUACUGGAAACGCACUACAAAGAAUGUCACACGCUCAACAAGUGCAAAUCUUGUGGCCAGGACGUGGCUCUUGGAUCUCACAGAAAGCCAACGUUUUGCUCCAAAUGCAAACUCAAAUUCAAGAAACGAUUGCGUAAGAAGAGCUGCAAGCAAACCAUCUUUAGUCGCGAAGAGCGUGGAAAAUCGUUCAGGAGGAGAAUGUUGAAAUGCCACGAGGAAACGAAUUUUCGCUGCUUCCAUUGCGACUUUUCUUCAUCUGACAAGAGCAACCUGACGACGCAUAUGCAACGUAGACAUUUUCCAAAGACCAUCAAAUGUGAAGAGUGCGACAAAUUGUUUUCCUGCGAAUCUAUUCUCAAACUUCACAAAAACAGUUGGCACGAAUACGUUGAUUGCUCAGAGUGUGAUCAGGAGGUACGCCGUCAAAACGUACAAGAACACCUGCGCGUCAAGACCUGCCACCGCUGCAAGCGCAAUUUCAGGUGCUCAGGAUUGUAUCAGUUGCACAGGAAGAGCUGCAAACAAACCCUCUUUACUUGCAAAGAGUGUGGAAAAACGUUCGAAAUGUGUUGCAAGUUGAAGGUCCACGUGCAAACUGUUCACACCAAAAGCGUCAAAACCAAGAUUUUUCUCUGCAACCAUUGCGUCUAUUCUACGUUUGAUAAGAGAUGCUUGCACCAGCACAUGCAACGCAAACAUUUACCAAAGACGAUCAAGUGUGUAGAGUGCAACAAACUGUUUUCCUCUGAAUCUAUUCUCAAGCUUCACAAAUUCAGGCAUCACGAUUUGGUCCAUUGCGCAGAAUGUGCGCAGGAGAUACGCCGUUAUUCCAUGAUUAAUCACCGGCAAGUCAAGAUUUGCCAGCGCUGCAAGUGCAAGUUCAGGUGCUCCGGUUUGUAUCAACUGCACGAGAGGAGCUGCAAACAACCGCCCUUUAGUUGCAAAGAUUCCGGAACUUCGUCCACCACAUCUCAAGAGUUGAAACGCCACGUGAGAAAUUCUCACACCAACACUGCCAAAACCAAGAUUUUCCUCUGCCACCAUUGCGACUAUUCUACGUUUGAAAAGGGACACAUGAUGGAGCACAUGCAACGCAGACAUUUACCAAAGAGGUUUAAGUGUGAAGAGUGCAACACAUUGUAUGCCUCGGAUAUGCUUCUCAGGCUUCACAAAUUCAGGUAUCACGAAUUGGUCCAUUGCGCGGAAUGUGCGCAGGAGAUUAGCCGUGAUGCCAUGUUUGAUCACCGGCAAGCCAAGACUUGCCUCCGCUGCCAGUGCAAGUUCCGGUGCUUGGGUUUGUAUCAAUUGCAUAGGAAGAGCUGCAAACAAUCUUCUGGGAACACUAGUCGCCACGUGCAAACUGUCAAUAACACGGAGAUUUUUCUCUGCGCCGAUUGUGGCUAUUCUACAUUUCACAAGAGCCACAUGUCGGAGCACACGCAACAAAAUCAUCUUUCAAAGACGAUCAAGUGUGAAGAGUGCUAAACAUUUAUUGACAAGUACCCGAAAGUGUAAAAGUAUGAGUGAUUUGUCUAGUUAUUUUUUAAAAUUAUACAAGUUAAAAAGGAGUGCGCACAUUGGAUAUAUCAGUAAUCGAAGAUUUUUAUUGUUUAUUGUGAUAAAUGCCCGAAAAUUAACGUCUUAAAUUAAAUGUCUGUGUUCAUUGACGUAUAAAUUCGUAUUGGUUGCCGUAAAAUAAAAAAAGUAAAUAAUAUAAUUAAAUGGAUUAAAUGUAUACAGCUGCAUGUAUAUUUUAUGUAUUCCGAAAAAUUCUUGUGUGUUCUAUUAUUAAAACCUUGCAGAAUAUUGUUCCUUGUACACUGAUUCAGUUUUUGAGAGAAUAAAAUUUGUUUCUCGCCUC